AUGGUCGUUUGUUUUGAUUUGAGGACUGAGAAGUUCAGCUGCGUGAAGUUCUCUGGAAUCUCCAGUAAAGCAAAGCCUGCAUCACAAACUCUUGUCAACUACAAUGGCAAAUUAGGUUUGCUCAUGUCGGAAGAUUUUUGCUGUGUUUAUGGAGGAAGUAAAAGUUUUGAGCUGUGGGUUCUACGAGACGCUGCCAAACAUGAAUGGUCCACGCAUAUUUACGUGUUACCUCUUUUGUGGAAAGAUAUGGUUAUAGAGACCAUGUGUAUUGAUGGAAUGGUUGGUACAAGUGAAAUCGUACUUUCCGCGUGCAACCGAGACGUGCAUUCCUAUGUCAUAUACUACAAUGUCGAGAGCAAGAGGAUCACAAAAGUUGGAGUCCAAGGAAUUGAAGCCUUUCAGGGUAAAGAUGUCGACAUCCGUCUCACUCUCAACUAUGUUGAGAAUGUGAAGCUUCUUUAA